UGCAGUGACAGUCCACAGGAAGACACACACACUCACACACACACACUCACACACACACUCACACACACUGAGCGAGGGCAGGGAGAGGAGGAACACGCGGAUGCGCACGAGGAAUGGUCCGCUCCUAGACCAUGGCUCCGUCGGGCUCGCGUAGUAUCAAGCGGGGCUGUCAGAGAGUUCUGUACUGGAUCCCAGUGCUCUUCAUCGCCCUCAUAGUGGGCUGGUCCUACUACGCGUAUGUGCUGCAGCUGUGCAUAGAAUCUAUUGAAGACACAGGGAAAAAGGUGGUGUUCUUGCUGGUGUACCAUGCCAUCUUCAUCAUGUUUGUGUGGGCGUACUGGCAAACCAUCUUCACCAGGCCCAUGAACCCGCUGAAGGAGUUCCACCUGUCCUUCUCUGACAAGGAGCUGCUGGAGCGUGAAGAUCGUGGAGAGUCCCAGCAGGAGAUCCUGAGGAGGAUAGCCAAGGAUCUGCCCAUCUACACCCGCACCAACUCUGGAGCAAUCCGUUUCUGCGACCGCUGCCAGCUGCUGAAGCCUGAUCGAUGUCACCAUUGUUCAGUGUGUGAUAAAUGCAUCCUGAAGAUGGACCACCACUGCCCUUGGGUGAACAACUGUGUGGGAUUCUCCAACUACAAGUACUUCAUGCUGUUCUUGGCGUACUCGCUGCUCUACUGCCUUUUUAUUACUGCUACAGAUCUUCAAUACUUCAUUAAAUUUUGGAUGAACGGGCUCCCAGACACUCAGGCCAAGUUCCACAUCCUCUUCCUCUUCUUCUCGGCCUCCAUGUUCUCGGUCAGCCUGGCCUCUCUUCUCAUCUACCACUGCUGGCUCGUGUGCAAGAACAGAUCCACACUCGAAGCUGUACGGGCACCGGUGUUUCGUCACGGCAUAGACAAGAACGGUUUCAGUCUGGGCUGCAGUAAGAACUUCCGCCAGGUCUUUGGUGAUGAAGCUAAGUACUGGCCUAUUCCCAUCUUCUCCAGUCUAGGAGACGGCUGCUCGUUCCCGUCCUGCCUGGUGAACACGGACCCUGAGCAGCCUUCCUCACCCACAGGCUCCAGCCCUGCCAACAAGGGUGCAGCAGAAGGCCGCCAGUUCCCCUCCAAACCGCUGAGGGACAGCCAGAGUAGACUGCUCGCCAGCACCCCCUCCUGGACAGACAGUGACAGUGCAGCGGAGAAAGAAAGGAAAGGUGCCAGCAACCAAGGGAUGACCAUCGAACACGAGGCAUAACCAGCUAGAGUGGGAACCUUCAAUUCAAGACAAGGUCUCUGCUGGACCCCUUCUGUGUUUGUGCCUAUCAGAACAGGACGUGCUGGUGACAUCGCCGGCAAUUGGUGUUUUCCAUAUUGCACCCCCUUCUUCUGAGAGGUUUAAACGGGAAAAACCAACACGUAUAAUCAUCAGUGUCCCAGUUACUGAAUUUAUCUGCUGCUAUCUGGACGCAUUUGGGUGGAUCCAAAUGAAAACUGCAUUCCAACAAUCCCAUUUGCUUUUGUUUCUGUAUGAAUAAGCACAGAGCAGCGUUAAAGGAAGAGAUGUUUUGCACUUUGAAUACUUGUAGCUUUUGUAUGUUACAGUUUUAUGUUAAUUGAAUAGCUUAGCACAUUAGUAAAUGCUUUUAUAAGUUUGCCAAACAUUUGCACAUUAAUUAUACAGUAGUGAUGGUGUUGAUAUGAUGUAAAAACAUUCCUUCAGUUUUGUUUUUACGUUUUUUACCACCCGACAUAUUGUGUUGUGGAAAUGCUGCAUGCUCUCAUCUCAAGAUGUCAACGCAAACACUAUUUGUUGUAGUGAACUGUACGAGAUGCUUUCCCCGUUUUGCUUGAAAACAAAAACAAGAAGUAAAGUCUUUAGUAAGAACACGUUUGAUUAAGGGCUCUUUUGAAUGAUUAAAGCAUGAGUGAGGAUGUUGCCGUCACAUUAAACCUCCACCCUGCCCCCCCGUGGCGGACACUUGGUACACGUCAACCUGCCGGACGAAAAAGCUGCCAGCGAACCUCGAUGUGAUGGUGCUGCGGAUCUGUUUACACGGAAAUGAGAAAAUACUUUACCAUCUUUAAAAAAAUACUUCAAUAGGUAACACAGAAAGGAAUCAAGUUUGUUCCGCUUUAAGUUAUACACACACAAUCACACAUUUUAAUUUGAAUAAGCAUAAUCAGUUUGUGUGUUACCAAUUGCAGUCAUUUUUUAAGUUGGUCCACCACUUUUCCUUUUCCAGAGCACGAUCAAAAAGCAGAUAGUGAUGAGUGUUUUUGUUACACACAACAUUGUGGAUGUUCUCCAGAAAAAAAAACAAGAGAAACCAGUUCCAGCCCCUUUGUACAGUAUUUUCACCUUUUGACGAUUCUGUCUUUCCCCGGCUGGAAACAAAAAAAACAACUGAACAUUAGUUUAAAGAAUGUAUGCUUGUUUAAAAAAAAGCUUCAUGGUGAUUGUUUAUAUUUUUCUAUUCUGUCUGUCUGACUCGAGACAACAUGGAUGUGUGAGGCGAAGUACUGUAAAGUUGUGAUGCCUUAUCAAGAAUAAAACAAGCUCUUCUCCA